AACUUUAUUGCGCGCAUGAUCAACGCCUUGGCAUGAUGCAGCGUUUGCGUUCAAGGAGCGCUCCUGCUUUCGGAUACUUUUAAUCUUGCGUUGUUUUGCUGUCGCUGUCACAUUAGCAACGUUUUUCGCUCAUCAAAAUCCUGGUGCUGAAUAAUGUCUGAAGAAAAAUCUUCCAGUGAUGGCACAAGCUCGUUGUUUCACGAGAGCGAAGCAGACACAAGCUUCCUCGGUAUUGUUCUCAGCUUCAUCUCUACAAACGGAUGGUUCAUCACAUUUGGACUCAUCGGCUUAUACAUGCUGUACAAGAAACUGGGCUCAUAUCUACCAACAAUGAGCAGAGUCUCACCACCUACACCACAGAGCUAUGGACCUUCAGAUGCAGAUGAAUUUGUGCGGCGGCAAGAAGCUUUGGAGCGGGCACGUCGAAAGAUGCAAGAAGUCCAGGAUGCACUAGCUGAGAAGCAGAAAGAAAAAAUGGCACAGCUCGAAGAGCAGAAACGACAAGAAAAAAUCGACAACUGGGAACAGUUCCAGAAGGGACGUGGCCUGGGCUCGAAGCUUCGAGCCACGUCUACAAACGAGAGCUCUGCCGAGUCUAAUGGGCUCUCGCGGAGACCCAAGGGUAGUCAAGACAGCAGUGACCGCCUUCGUGGCUCUGAUUACAACCCACUCAUGGGUUCCUCGGGAGGCUCCUCGUAUAGGCCAGAGAGGAGAUGCGUGAGCCAGGGUGGCGGAUGAGGUUAAAGCAUGGGGUUCAGUUUUUAAUUGAUGCAGUGGUGAUGUUGCUUUUCUUGGUGCUAAUGUGUGAUGGGCCACUGUACGGCUGUUAAGAAGGCAGUGCAUAUUUUUAUCAACACGGAGCAGUUCUCCUAGCCAUAGCAAAACUGCUAUGUUAGCCACCAAUUGUUUUUAGAAGAUAAGAGCAUGGAAAACAAGUGAAAUUGUUUUGCAGUCAAAAUUUAGAUUCUCAGAAACUUGCAGAUGCGCUCUGUAUGUUUGUGUACAUGCAAUAGAAGCUUGAGGAAAUUUUAAUGGCUCUCGUGUUUCAGCAACUUCUAAAGUAAAAAAUGCCAGCUUGUUUGUUUGCACUUUGACUAUCUAAAUUGGGCUAACGCGUGCCCGUUUUCCGCAACUUCAGCCUGAUAGUUCAGAAUCACUGUGAUGACACGAUUGAGUGAGGGUGUGCCUUUCACCUGGCUGCUGGCACAAGUACAAGAAAAUACAUGACAUAUUUUUAAGGGAUUGCAGUUUUAUGAGUGAAUUUUUUUAAUGUUUCUAUCGUUGCAGCAAAUUCUUGAAGUGUAAGUUGCCAUCGAGGUGCCAAUUCUCAAAGGCUUUUGACUGCAAAAAUUUGUUUUACAGGCUCGCAGCAUCGAAGUGCUCCUCGACAGCCUGUUAUGAUUGUGCUGUCCCUCUUGCUCCGUACUGUCAGUCACGGUGUACAUACAAGUGAACUCGAGUGCUUUUUCCUAGAAUGGGCACAUGUGCCUUGCCAUCUGAGAAAUGCUGCACCACUGCUGCAGAAAUAUGAACCCCCCUGCUUUCUGCCACUUGAGUUUACCUCACUGCGUGCUUGUUGUAUUAGUUCCUUGAGACCAAAGGUAGCAUAGGAUGUACGCAAGCACACAGACUCAUGAAGUCGUUACUGGAACUGGUUCACAACCAACGGUAUUGAUGGAAGGAGGCAUCUCAAUGUGGUACCUGCUUUUCCAAGACACAAUGUUAAUAAAGUUACAUCUCCAUGUU